GCCAGCCCCUGCUGCCGCUCCCUCACAGGCUGGUGGCAGCUGCUGCCCUACCCCCAUCUCCCGCCUCCCUCGCCCGGAUCUCAGGCCGGGCCCCCGGGCAGAGGCCGAGCCGCUGUUGCCCCCGCCCCCGGAGGCAGGACUCGGAGGAGGCACCUCCUCCCCGCGGCGCCCGGAGAAGAUGGCGGCGGCCGCUAGCUGGGCCGGCCUGGGCCUGGUGCUGCUGUUGCUGGCCGCGGCCGCCGGGGCUGGCGAGCCGGAGGGGAAGCGGCGGGCCCAGCCCGCCAAGAAGAAGAAGGACAUUCGGGAUUAUAACGAUGCGGACAUGGCGCGGCUGCUGGAGCAGUGGGAGAAAGAUGAUGACAUAGAAGAGGGAGAUCUUCCUGAACACAAAAGGCCAUCAGCACCAAUAGACUUCUCCGAAAUUGAUCCAAGCAAGCCUGAGAGUAUCCUGAAAAUGACAAAAAAAGGGAAGACUCUUAUGAUGUUUGUCACAGUGUCAGGCAAUCCCACUGAAAAGGAGACUGAGGAAAUUACCAGCCUGUGGCAGGGAAGUCUCUUCAAUGCAAACUAUGAUGUACAAAGGUUUAUUGUUGGCUCAAAUCGUGCCAUCUAUAUGCUACGUGAUGGGAGCUAUGCGUGGGAGAUCAAAGACUUUCUGGUAAAUCAGGAGAGGUGUGCAGAUGUAACUCUAGAAGGUCAGGUGUACCCUGGCAAAGGAGCAGAAGAAAGUGAAAAAGUAAAAAAUAAAACCAAACCAGAGAAAAAGAAAAAAGAUGCAGACAAGAAAUCGAAACCCCUCAAAGAAGACAACCGAGCUACCAAACAGAGAGAAGAUCUAUGACAAACAAAUUAACCAGACUGAAUGUAGUAAAUAGAAAAUCAACACUUUUGUUGUUCACAGAGGAAACCAACUGUCUCUAAGUUUUGCAGCCUUACCCAUACAAUUUCUGGCUAUUUAGGGGGGCGGGGGUGGGAAUAAGAAGACAAAGGAUUACUGUAUUUAAGAGAGUGUAUGUUUAAAUGCACCAAUUUACUUCUUAAUGUUGGGCAUUUACUUACUAACAGCAAAGUUAACGUUUAAUGUUUUGGGGUUACCUACUUUAGAUAGCAACUUUCUUAUGUUUUACUCAAUUGGUUUAAGGUUAAAAUAAGCACCAAUGCAUCUGAUGUUAUGGACUUUGUUCAUAUGACAAGAAAGGAAAAGGAAUUGUGAUCCUUACAGUGCACCAAAGUUAAUGUGUAGUAGUAGUUGGCCAUUGUGGUUAGGUAAGUCAGUUAUGUCAAUGAUUCACAUAGUCACUGCUAGGUAGUAGACUAAACUGGCACAGUAUGUUCCUGGCAGCCAUUAUACAGACUCUGCUCAGUGAGUAAUAUUCGCUAUGAUUUUAAUUGAUUGUACUCUGAUUUUAGGCAGAGUAUACCCUCAGAGUACCACAGCUGGCAUUGAAAUAGGUGCUUGGAUGCAUAAUAUAAGAUAGACAAAUACAAAAACUGUUUUGUUUGUACUCUGAAUUGGCAAAAGCAAGGAGAUUCUCAGGACCCGAUUCUCUAGUCAUCUAUAUCUGCGAAAAUGAGGCCUAACCCUAUAGGCAUCAAUGGAGUUACAAUGCCAUUCUGAAAAUGGUUUAAGUGAAAGAAGAAUCAGGCCCAUGGCCAAUCCCCAGAUGUAUUUAGGUGCCUAACUCCCAUUGAAUUCAGUGGGAGCUAGAUGCCUAAAUACCUUUGAGGAUCUGGGCCUUGAUGUGUAAACUGCCAGUCCAGUUUUUGUUUCAGCAGGCAGAGUUCUUACAGAGUAAAAGACAAGUGAGUUAAUAGAGAAGCAGCCUUAACUCUGAAUUUGUUUUUUAUUGGUUUGAGAGCUUUUAGAACUCUCUAUAUAAGUAUUAAUUGCAGUGUGAGGAAAAUUGAUGUACUACUAGCCAUCUAGGGCCUGACCAUUCUGUCAGUUACAUGCUAACAGCUCCCAUUAAAAUGAGUUAGGGGGAGAAUUUGUUGGUUUCUAAUAAUUGGUUCAGUCUACUUGAAUACUUCCUCAUUAAAUAAUUAAAUCCGUCUCCUUUUGCAACAACCAUAAAUACUGGGAAAGUUGAUUGCGGGUGGGGAUGGAGGAUUUAAAUCCUCUUCAAAAGACAACUUGUUUAAAUAAAAGGGUUUUUUUAUUCUGUGUCCACAUAUAUGUAUGACUUUUGAAGUUUUCCCUCAAAUAUGUUGAGGAAUAAAUGCAUAAUGACCCUGAGCACACACCGAUUUCAGGAUGAGAGGCACAGUGUUAGAUACCUGUUUGAUAUUACUGAAAUAAAGUUACUUUGCUUUUUAAGGUCCCAAAAUUCAUGUGUUUUUUUAAUAAAUAAAAGGUCCUAACUUGAACCAUAAUGGUUAAUCUUUUUACAUUGAAGUAUUUUGUAAGUGGUUGAUUUAGUGAGUGUUUGUUUCAGAAUAAGAAUGUAACUAGAUUUGCACACAAGUAGAACCUGGUUUAGUUUGUUUGUUUCAAAAUUCACCUUUUACAAUUGUGGUCAUGAUAUAUUCGUUUCAGUAAAUUUAUCUUUUGGUCACAGGCUCA